AUGUACGCUGCAUGGUACUACUGGAAACCAGACAUCAUCUACCUCCACACCAAUGCCGACGAACAAGGGCAGGCGAUAACACGAGCACGCGAGGGACAGUCUGGGAAAUGGAACAAGCUCAUCUUCGAUAUGUUCGAUAACCUCCGCAUUAACACAGUCGAAGCGCCAACGCAUACGAACACCGGCAAGGAAAUCCAAGGCAUGGAGCACAGAUCCGAUUUCGUACGGGUGAAACAAGUUCAUGAGCUUGGUGGGGUAUACAUCGACUUCGACGUCCACGCGCUGCGAGACAUACGCAUCCUCCGAGAAAGCGGGUUCAAAGCGAUUGCAGGCAGACAGCUAGGCGGCCAGAUCAACAGUGGCGUCUUUAUGUCCGUUAAAGGCGGAAAGAUGGUCGAGCUGUGGAUGCACGGGAUGCACACUGCCUACACAGGAGGCUGGACGACGCAUAGCAACGAGGUGAUCACAAAGUUCGGAGAACGCCUCGUCCGCGAACCGGGAGAGAUGCUCAUCAUGGAGCGCGAUGCCUUUGCGCCUGGAAGCUGGGAAAAUGAUGAUACCGACAAGCUUUUCGAGCCACACGAUGAUGUCCCAUCCAGCUUGGUUAACGCGACUGAUACAAGUCCGCUGCCGACGUACGACGAAGCAUUCGAUGAUCGGUGGGAGACGCCUGGAGAUUACCCCGACUGGGCACGAGACUGGUCGUCCACGUACCUCUUGCAUGCUUUCACGGCGGCUCGAUGGGGUCAUAAAGUCCCUAAUUUCGAAAAGAUCACACCACGAUAUGUGUUAGAAAGGAGAAGCAACUUUGCGCGGGCUGUCUAUCCUGUCGUGCGGCAGAUGCAUGAGGAUGGUAUAUUUGGUAUAGAUGAUCUAUCAUGA